UGCGCAUCUUUGUUGCGCAUCCAAAAUCCAAACAGUCGAGAAGAAGAUGGCGACGUGUGGUCUGUAAUUCAAACAUGUCUAUGUUAGAUUUCACUCUUGUGGAAUUGCCGUGUAGGAAGUUCGCGAAAAAUGUCAGACGGGAAGAGAGUUCCUUUGCAGUCAUUAGGUCCUAGCAAGAAAGACAAGAAAUGCAAGAUAACGUCAACAACAAUACGUCUGAACCUCACUCUACCUACUUGCAAUUCGGAUACUUUCGCUGAUUUCAAUUACAAUACUCUCAUAUUGAACGAAAGAAGGAAAAAGGAGAAAACUAAAGAGAAGGAUAAAGUCAAUGGCUUGGAUCCCUACGCUUCUGAUGAUGAAGAUGACUUACGUCAAAUUGCCCGAAGCUUUGAAUCCAAAUAUGGUACUCCAAAGAAAAAGUGCAGGAGACUAGAAGAUUACACCGAGCUGGGAACCGGUUAUGAUGACAAUGAUUCAUUUAUUGAUAAUACAGAUGCAUAUGAUGAAGUUGUGCCAGAAGAUAAAACUCCAGAGCUUGAUGGAUUUUACAUAAACAAAGGUCAUUUGGUGCUGAAACAGGUUGAUGGACGCUCUUCAUCAGACGACUCGUCGUCUGAUGAGAGUGAGGGCCCCUCAAACUCUAAAAACCAUAAGAGGCGACUAUCAUCUGAGAGUGAAUCAAGUUCUUCAGGAUCCUCAGACAAUUCAGAUGAUAGUGAAGGAAGUGAUGACAGUGAUGAAAGUGAUGAGGAAGGAAAUGAGGAGGCAGAAUUAGAGGAGGCACCGAAAGAUGUGAAACCCAGUCCCAAGGAUGAGAGAGGCAAUGGACACAUUACAAAUCCUCCAGUUAAGAAACCUAAGCUAGAAGUCCCACCAAACAAAAAGACCAAGAACAAGACUAUGUCAGGAAUUGUCAGUAAAAAAGGCACCAGUGAAAAGGAACAUAAUGAUAAACGCCUCAAACUUGAUAUCGGUGAAAGGGAGCAUGUUGAUAAACGGUCCAAACUAGAUGGAAGUGAGAAGGAGCAACAUGAUAAGCAAUCAAAAGUUGAUUCUGAAGGGAUAAAACGAAUCAGCAGCAACAUUGAUGCAGCCAUUGAAGCUGUUGCCCGAGGUGAGGACUCCAAGGAGAGUGGUAUAGCUGAAUCCAAGUCUCACUCAGGUUCAUCAGAUGACUCAGAAAUGGAAGAAACCAAUGGACCUACCCCAACUCCUUUACCAGAAGACCUGCCAGAAAAUGUUUUAAACUGUAUUUCUGAUCUCAAGGAAUUGGCUCUUAAAAAUCGUACAUUAGGCAAGCAACAAUUUUUCACUCCAGCCGUGAAUUCAUUAUUGCUACGUUUUGAGAAAUUAAUGAAAAUAGUUCCUAGAGACAAGAAGGGUGCUAUCUAUGAUCAUCUGGAGUGUUAUGUACCAUGUCGCAAGGAAACUCUUAUGAAACGAGGGAAAGCUUUACUUUCGGAAAGUGUGGAAUCAGGCUAUAAAGAACCAUUAGCAAAAUUAAAGGCUGGAAUUGAUUCCCUCAUGCCAAAUGCUCUAGAAAGAUAUCUAGCAAUGUGCAAGAAAUAUGACAAUUCCAGAACAUCAGAAACACCUAGUGAUCUCUCUGAUCCUUCAAAACCAUCACCAGAGAAAACUAAAAUACCAAGAAGACGUUUUCCAUGGACUGAAGAAUUAAAGGAACUUCUUUGCCUUGCUGUAAAAAAGCGACGAAUGUACUUUGGAGUGAUGGCGAGGCAGAAAGGUGAAAUAUGGGAUGAUCACUUAAAGGAAUUUUUGAAGAAUGAGGUGCUGCCGAUGUGGGAGAUAGGAUGGAUGAAAGUUACUAGCUUACUUGAUAUUCUCUCUAAAAUGGCAUCAGACCUGCUUCAAUUCAAACCAAGUAGCCCGGGAGCAACAAUUAAGAAAGUUCCUCCAUGGCCGGCCCCUAAAAAGCAAGGGAUGAAAGUAAAGUCUGAGGAUGUUGUUAAAAGUGACAAUGUUGUAAAGAAAACUAGUACUUCCGUUAACAAUGUUGUGUCGAAUUCUGUACCAUUGCAAAAUGUGAACUAUCAGAAUCAAAACAACUCAUCAUUGUUAAUGUCAAGUAGUGAGCCAAGUGUGAAAAGCACUGAAUCUCAUCAGAAUGGGGCCAAAACAAUAUCGAGUUCUACUCCAGUGCAACCGAGCACUCUUCCAUCUGUCAAUCAAGCUAGUCCAUUGGACCUUUUAGAUAGUGAAAUUGUUGAAUGUAUUCGUACAUCCCUUGCUAACAGUCUAGUUAGUGUAACACCUGUGCAGUCUUCAACAAAUAAUAAUCAAGGAGCAAAUGCUAAUAUGGAUGGCAUCUCCAAGACUCGUAGUGUACCUUCAAGUUCCGCAAGUUUAAGAAAAUCGUUAAAUAAUAGUGUUGAAAUCAUCAACCUUCAAACCAAUGGAAUGGAUGCAAGUGUUGAAUUAGUUCACAAGAAACGUUUAUCAUCUCAAAGUGGUGCAAAGCAUCAAGCUCAUCAAACUCUUAACUCUGAUUUGCAGGAUUUAUCAAAAUCGCAAUCUAGCAGUUCUAUAUCAAAUGUUGUUUCAUCUCAAGCAUCACAUACCCCCUUAUCCCUUUCUACUUCUUCUACUCAUAAUUCAAUUAAGGUAUCAAGUGUAUCAGCUAUUAAUUUGAAGCUCAGUGGUGCACAGUCUCAGCCACUAUCUACCCAAGCUCUGAAUCAAGCUCAGACAUCCUCAACUAAAGCCCCUGUGUCACAGUCUUCAAAAGUGCACAAUCAUCAAGCUUUAUCAGUGUCAACAAAUUCUGCUCAUUUACCUACAUCAACUUUCAACUCUCAAUCCCUUAUCUCUCAAGGGAUUGAAUCAUCUAGCCUGGGAGUAAGCUCAAGUCUUACAAUAACUCCUGUGAAGCCCAGUUCUAGCAGUAAUUUGUAUUAUCAACAAGCUAAAGGGUCAGGACAUUCUAAUGCAUCGAAUACCAACCCUCCUGUUGUUUCCCUUGGGAACUCUAAUAUUCGCAGUGAAGUAAUUGUAACUCCUAGCAGUAGCUCCACCAUGCCCCAUAUUAAGAGCACCAAUGUUAACUUUAGUGGAAAUAGUGUGAACAGUGUUUCUGGUAGCAAUAACUAUUCGAGUUCUCAUCAUAGUGGCAAUAAUUUUUCAACAUCACAUAGCGGAAGUGUCACAAACUUUUCAAACACACAUGGUGUGAAUGUUAGCAGUUAUCAGAGUUCUCAUGGAACUAGUGGUAAUAAUUACUCAAAUUCAAUGUCAAGUUCUGAUGCAAGAAUUCAUCGUCAAGUAAACGUCAGUGAUUCUCAGUCAGCAAAACAUAUUCCGGCUGAGAAGACUUUUGCUCAACCUUCAAGAAGCCAGGCAACUGAAAAGGCCCCAUAUAUGUCAUCAAGCAUGUGGUCUUCAACUGUUCCUGUUGAUAUUCCACGAAGUUCAUCAUCGUCCCCAAGUUCAGUGAAGUCAGUAACUCCUUCACCUGAAAAAGCAUUAGUGAGCCGUAAGGAUAGAAUUCUUCAGGACAGCAGAGAAAGAGCUGCAAAUGACCCAGCUAUGCCAAUUUUGAGUGGGCCAUUCAGAAACAGUAAUAUAACAAGUGACCAGAGUAAUGCCAUACGGAAUCAAGCGCAGGCGAAAGCAACAUCUCAAAGCCUCAAUUGGGACGACGACUUGUUUGAAGAUUUCUUGAAGAUACCUUCUUCCAUACCUCAGAGCACUCAUAAGGUCUCCACAACCUCCAUGGACAAUUACAAACACACACUUCCAGUAUUGGAACCACAGAGAUGUGACAAUAUUAUCAAUAAACCUUCACUUCUUGACUCUCUGAGAGCUAAGAACAUUACAUCUGAGCCUCAGAGGGUCAAUGUUGUCAUGCAAACUUCUAAUGCACACAACAUCUCUAAAUUGAGCUCUGUAGCUUACACUCAGCAUUCACGCGAUCCGCCAAGGACCAAUACCACUAUGUCAAAUCAUACUAUACGUGAUAUGCAGAGACUAAGUUCAACAAAAUCAACUUCUUCCAAUUCUGACUCAGUCAGAGCAAAUGUUGUGAUGGCUACACCCCAUUUUCAAGAAUCAUUGAAGGAUGAAAUGAGUGAUAUUCUAGCCGGUAUUCCAACUCAAAUGCUUUCUAGAACCGACCACUACACCAUCACCAAUUCCAUGCCCAGUCACAAUACUAAAAGAAGAAGCUUGCUGGAAAUCUCUGAGGUAGAUAUAGACAAUGCUAUGCGAACGGGAGCCGCAACAUCAUCUUCGAGUAGACUCGACUCUAAGCCUCUGCAAGCUAAACGUGAAGACUCCUUGAAAGCGCAGGACUUGGCCAUGAGAGGCAUUCUUCGCACAAAUUGUGAUGGUAAUUACAUGGAGGAGCCGUGGAGCACAGCACCAAUCAAAAAGACUGUUUCUAACAAGUCAUCCAAUGACAUCUCGGAUCAAAGACUAAGUGGAAUGGGCACAUUAUCCUCAACUCUAAGCAUGGCAGGGCUGGACGGCAUGGAAUUGGGUUUGCCGUCUCACUUGGUUGGGUAUCAGAAUGACUACCAGCGGUAUCUGUUUUGCAGCUCAUCUAAAAAUACAGGGCCAAAUGACCACCGUCCAUUAUAGAAGACUGCUUAAAUCUGAUAGAAUAAUGGAGUUUUAUUAUACUUCAAUCUUUCUCUCAUAUAAUGCCCAGUGAGAGAAUUCAGUUCCUGAAUCACUUUCAUGUGCCUUCCUCUAAAUCACAGUGAUGUUCUGAUUACUGUAGACUAGUUGGGGUAGACCAAUUUGCAAAGAUGGUGCAGGAAUGUUUUUUAAUUGUUUUUUAUUUAUUAGACAAAUAAGCCAGAAGAGCCGUGGCUCCAUAGUGGCCAGAUGUAUUCCUUGCAGAAUGUAAAUAAAUGUUACUUAAGUGGCUGGGUAGUCAUUAUCUUAGCCUGUUAUAGCUUGUGUUCAGUAAUCAGUAAUGUCACUUAAUCUUUGUACUUUUAGGACCUCCACAGUGAGGCACUAAUGUGUUCAUCAUCAUCAUCAUCCUCAUCGUAAUCAUCAUCAUACAUGUAGUAUUUAUGAAUAAAUUUCCUGAAUGGUCAUUGCUAUUGAGGAAAGAAUAAUU